CGUGCACACGCACACACACACACACACACACACACACACACACAUUUACCCACCCACACACACUCUAAACUCAAGCUAAGAAUUUAGAAGACUGCACCAUGGAUCUGCAGGCACAGGUUGAGGAGAUCUCGUCAAAGGCCAAAUUCGGAGACCUCAUCGAGUUCUCGUGCCCGAUCGGCUACUCGCACUGGGGCUUGUACUACGAAGAUGGCUAUGUGUUGCACUUUGGCGUGACAGACGAGACGCAGCUCAUGAACAACUUCCGCAGCGCUCUGCAAAGCGCCUUCCCCAUGGCCGGUGAUAUGCUCAUGGGCGUGACCCGCAUUCGCCGGGUGCCAAUGGGCGAGGUCAAUCUCCCCAAAGGCGUCCGCGUCCUCAUCAGCAACAACCGGCAUGCUUUCAAGCCGUCGUCGCCCGAGGAGAUGAGGCGACGCUUCGACGCCCUGAAGGACGUGGAGCUGCCUUACAACUUUCUCUCCAUGAACUGCGAGCAUUUUGUCACAUUUGUGCGUUACGGGAAAGCCAUCUGCAACCAGAUUCUCACCAAGCCCCAAAAUAGAGAGACCAAGUCAGCCACCAGAAUCUUACGGGACAUCGUUGACUCUAAAAACCCUUCCUAACCACACACACACAUACAAUGUUGUGUAGCAUUAUGAAAAUAGAAGAUCAUAUCAAGUCAUAUUAGGAAAUCUGCUGUCUUAAAAAAUUAAAUGAAUACUUUUCUAAACGGCGAGGCAAUGAGCCAUCAGCUCCAGCAGACGGCGCUGUGGUGAGUAAAAGCUCGCCGUGUUCCUGCUUUUUAAUGACUAUUACCGCCACCUACAGGACUGGAGUGGAACAAUGAAGUACGCAUAGGCUUGUUUGGCCUUGACGGAGGUUCUGGCUGUCUAAAAUAUAAAGAUAUACUCGUUUGUAUUGACUGUCACAGAUUUGUGCACCUAAUAAAGUUGCCAAUGUGUACAUAAAAA